AUGGCAACGCAUUUAGUCAGAGAAUGGACUUCAUUUCAGCAAUUUCCUGCAGCCACCCAGGAGAAAUUGGUUAACUUGUUGGGGAAACUAAAGAACCAGGAUGUGAAUACAUUGACUAUCCUUGUAAUGGGGAAAGGUGGGGUGGGAAAAUCUUCCACUCUUAACUCAAUUAUAGGGGAUCGAGUAGUUGCUGUUAGUGCUUUCCAGUCAGAAACUCCAAGACCUGUGAUGGUGUCACGCACUCGAUCAGGAUUUACGCUAAACAUUAUUGAUACCCCAGGGCUCAUUGAAGGAGGAUAUGUCAGUGACCAGAAUCUCGAGACCAUAAAAGGCUUCCUGGGAAGGUUCCUUUUGAACAAGACAAUAGACGUUUUGCUUUAUGUGGACCGCUUGGAUGCAUAUAGAGUGGAUAAUCUGGACAAGCAAGUUGUGAAAGCUAUAACCGAGAGUUUUGGCAAAGAAAUCUGGCGUAAAGGUUUGAUUGUCCUUACACAUGCUCAGCUAUCUCCUCCGGAUGGAUUGAAUUAUGAGGAAUUCUUUUCCAAAAGAUCCGAGUCUCUUUUGAAAUGUAUCCGUCAGGGAGCUCGGAUAAGUAAAAAGGAUAUUCAGGAUUUUCCUAUUCCCGUUGCUUUGGUUGAGAACAGUGGGAGAUGCAACAAGAAUGAAAAUGACGAGAAGAUCCUCACAACUGGGCUUCCUUGGAUUCCUAACUUGGUUAAUACAAUUACAGACAUUGCCUUAAAUGGGAGAAAGAGUAUUGUUGUUGACAAGAAGUUGAUCGAAGGGCCAAAUGCUAAUGAUAGGGGGAAGUUGUUUAUCCCUCUCAUCUUAUUAUUCGAGUACCUCUUUGUUAUCAAACCGAUUCAAAAGUGGAUCAAAGAUGAUAUUGCAAGAGAGACUAGACCUUCAUGGGAAUGA